AUUUUAGCUGUCACUGGAUCAAUGUACAACGUCUUCAACUAAGGCUCAGCUGAAGCCUCCCUUGGACUUGCCAUGUGGUCAGUCUCCUUGUUGCAUUUACACGCAGGAGGACAGUGCAGGCGGCGGAGGAGGGGAGCAACAGCCAUCCUGCAUCUUGCAGGAACCUGCCACAGCACUCCAGCACUAUUUGUAGCUAGCAUCCAGGUCUGCAGGAUUUACAGAAGAACGCUAUAACUGGAGCCCUAGACAGGGGAGGAGUACUGGCUGCACAGCCAGGCUGGGUCUGAAGACCUGCUGCUCAGACUGGAAACUAAAUCUUGUGAACUCGCAGCUGUGUUCAGAGAGCCACGGACCACCAAGACAGCCCAGAAUGGAUACUAUGGCUAACCAGCUGGGAGCUGGAAGGGACACAAGCUCCUCCCCGAAUUCGAAACAAGAGCUUCAGCCUUAUUCGGGCACUCUCAAACCCAACCAGGUCGGGGAAGUCAGUCUUUAUGGAGUGCCAAUCGUUUCAUUGGUCAUUGAUGGCCAAGAAAGACUGUGUCUGGCACAGAUUUCCAAUACCCUACUGAAAAACUACAGUUACAACGAGAUCCACAACAGACGUGUAGCAUUGGGGAUUACCUGUGUCCAGUGUACUCCUGUGCAGCUAGAGAUUCUUCGAAGGGCAGGAGCAAUGCCCAUCUCUUCCAGGCGAUGUGGCAUGAUUACUAAGAGGGAGGCAGAAAGACUUUGCAAAUCUUUUCUUGGUGAACAUAAACCACCGAAACUUCCUGAAAACUUCGCAUUUGACGUUGUGCACGAGUGUUCCUGGGGUUCCCGGGGAAGCUUCAUCCCAGCCAGGUAUAACAGCUCCAGAGCAAAGUGUAUCAAAUGCAGUUACUGUAAUAUGUAUUUUUCCCCAAAUAAAUUCAUUUUUCAUUCUCACCGGACUCCCGAUUCAAAAUACACCCAACCGGACGCAGCAAAUUUUAACUCUUGGAGGAGGCACUUAAAACUAAGUGACAAAAAUGCGUCCGACGAUCUUUGUCAUGCUUGGGAAGACGUAAAAGCUAUGUUUAAUGGUGGCACGCGAAAGAGGACAUUUCCAUCACAUUCGGAGCGAUCCACAUCUAUGAAAUCCCAAGGAGCUAAUAGCAUCUCACAGGGGGGCACAGAGAUCCCACACAAAGCAAUAAGAUGUGAGGAUGACAGAACCAACAUUGGUAUUAGUAAUGGGAUGCGUAGCUACCCAGUAAUACCUGUACCUAGCAAAGGGUUUGGGAUGCUCCAAAAAAUACCCCCGCCACUGUUUCCUCAUCCCUACGGCUUUCCAACCUUUGGACUCUGUCAAAAGAAAGAUGACAGCACCGGUGAGCAAAACAAAAAUAGCCUCUCUGGCAUGUUCUGGCCAGGAGCAAAAGACACAAUGUAUCCCUCAUUUCCAGUGUUCUGGCCCACAGCCGGAAACCUUCCUGUGCCACCAUACCCACAGACCCAACCCAAAUCUGCAACUGAACAUCUGAGUGCAAGACAAAGUGACCUAGAUGUAUCAGAGCAAAGCGAUGGGAGCACGAACACCCCAAAAGAUAGUUUAGCUGACAGUGAAAGAUGUUCAAGUACACAUUCUAGGAAUGAUGAAGACAGAUCAGGAGACGAAGCCAGAUCGAUUGAAGGAAUGCCACUUACUCCCAGGAAAAUCAGCUAUAUCUCAGCAUUUAGACCAGUCGUCAAAGACGCUGAGAGCAUUGCUAAAUUAUAUGGCAACAGAGAAGUAUACAACGGCACCAGGCCUGGGUACCUUUCCCCUGACUUUAUGAGUGAAAGCUCUAGCUAUCGGUCAGUUUCUCCAGAGGUGGACACUGGAGAUGAUGAACCGGAGGUAGAUGUGGAGUCUAACCGGUUUCCAGAUGAGGACGAGUCCGUUUCUCUGUCUGUAGAGGAAGAGCAAAGGUUGGCGAUACCUCCUCACGAACCACCAGUGGCCGCGUCCUUACAUGAAACAAACAAUAUAGAAUCAGGUUCGGAAAUAUCAUUUGGAGAUAAAGAAUCCGUGGAAGGAGGGCACCACGAGAAAACAACAGAAUCUGAUCCAAACUACAAGAUGUAUUCACCUGAUGGAGAGGGACAUUUGUCGACAAUGAAAAGCAAUCCCACACUGCAGGUGUCCGCGCCGACUUACCUUUGUAAUACGGAGGCGAAAGAUCAAGAUAAAGAAGACCAUCUCUCUCCAACAGACGAUGAGCAGGAAAAGAAAUCCUAUCAGGAGCAGGACAAUGUUUCCCAGGGAAGUCCUGUAAACGACGAUGGGGAAGAGAAUGGGGUUCCAAGUGACUUGCCCGGAGUUCAAGAACAAAAAGAUAUCGAGCACAUGGCCAAAGGUGAAUUACAAAAGCUGCUCGUUGAACAGAUGGAUCUGCGAAAAAAACUAGAACGAGAAUUUCAGAGUCUCAAAGAUAAUUUCCAAGAUCAAAUGAAGAGGGAGCUUGCUUACAGAGAAGAAAUGGUGCAGCAGCUACAAAUUGUUAGAGAUACCUUAUGUAAUGAACUGGAUCAAGAAAGAAAGGCACGUUACGCUAUUCAGCAGAAACUUAAAGAAGCUCACGACGCCCUUCACCAUUUUUCCUGUAAGAUGCUAACACCUCGGCACUGCACUGGAAACUGUUCUUUUAAACCCCCUCUGCUACCCCAGUGACAGACGAUUCUAGUGGAGCUAGCAUUAAGCAAGUUGUUCUUGCAGAUGGACUAUGUUAAGAAGAACUCCACAGAGACCUCAUGGAUUCACAUCUUAAGAAGCAAGCCAUGGAUGCAACAGAAUAUUGUAAAUACAGAAACUGAAAGCAUCACAAGCCGUCUUGACACUUGACGUCAACGUUUGAAAAACAUUCGUAAAUAAUAUAGUAAACUACGUCACAGUUAAAUGCAACACACAUGUUACUCAACUGGAUCAAAAACAUAUUGGUCCCAUGUACAUUAUUGUUAAUUGUUAAUAAUAUAUAUAAACGCACUACUGCGAGAAAUGUUCUAUGUACUUUAUUUCUGAGGGUUUGAUUCAAACCGCUAAACUUCCUUGUGUACCGCUCAUGAGGAUGACUCGUACGUGACAAUGUGCAAUUGAUAUAUCGUCUUGUAAGUCUAUUGUUCCAGUACAUUAAUUUAUAUUUAUUUAUUUGCAUUAUUUAUCAUUCUUUGUAUAAAUAUUGAUGUGGAGCACUUUAAAAAGCAACUCUGUAAAAUACAACAAGUUUGAGAAGAAUCUACGUACAAGUGAAUUUAUUAUUAAAUUGUAGAUAAAUUGAAGUUGCAGGUUAACUGGGAUGAUGGCGUUCUGCUUAGUGGCCGGGAUACUUACACUAUCUGGUACUUGGGAAGCCUGAAAUGAACGACACUGUCAAACGAUGCUUAAAGUGACUAGUAAGUUCCACCCAGACCCUCGUAGGAUAAACCAGCAUUAGUUGCAUACAUGGUUCUUGCUGGAUGUAAGCCAAACUAAGACAACGUUUCCUUUUUUUCUGUAACAGUUAACACACCUCUCUUGAAGAUACAUAUAUUUUAAUUUCAUACAGUCUGCAAGGCCAGCUCCACCCCCGGCCUAGUCCUCGAAGUUUUAAAUUAAUGUUUUUUUAACAUUAAUUUGUUACGUCCUUAUUUUGCAUGCACCUGUGUAAUUGUGCACAGUCAUUAAUGCAAUACUGUGUUGGGUGAAAGUGGUCUUUGCAAGGCUUAUACAGUUUCAGCUUUUAAAAGGGUUGUCAUAUGUUAAACACAGUUUCAAUCAAGUUGAUGCUCAUUCUGACUAUUUAACAGGGUUUAUUUCAACCCCCCCCCCCCCACACACACACACAUGCACAUAUAUGAUUUUGACAGAUUUAUUCAAUCAAGCUGACAUUUGAAAAAUCUUAGAACAACUUUCUCAUGAAAGGGCUACACAACUGUAUCCUCUGAUAAAUGAUUACUUUUUAAGGAGCUUUGAUAGACACGGUGCAGUUAAAAUUCCACUUGGAGACUCAACAAAGAGACAAGCUUCAUGUUUGUAAACUGAGCACUGCACUAACACACAGACGCAGUGCGCACAUACUAAUAUCAAAAGGUCACAGCAGUUAUUUGUGCAUUGAGGGCUAGGACCACUCACUUAACCUCCCUUUACCCCACUCCCCAGCACACAUAGGAACAGUGUCUGGCUGCUGUAGACCACUGUUUUGCAGAAAAAUGUUAAUAUUUUGCUGAUUCUUGUUUGUUGAAAACUGGAGUAUGUCAUAAAUAUGAAACAACCAACUGCAAAAUUACAAUGUAAGCUAAACAAACGAAUACAUUUGAUCUCAAAUUCCACUCAAAAUCAGUUAAAAAGUGAUAUAUAUUACCUUAUACAUUAUUUCUUCUUUUUACAGACUGUAGACAUAACUCUUGUUCUGUAAUUUGCUUAACCAAACAAAGCAAGUAACAAAUGCAUUUAUCAUUGAAAGGACAAACUUUUCGCUGUGCAUUUAAAGAACACAAUGUUUUGACACUUAAAUAACGGGAGGCAGUUUGGGGUUAAAUAGGUGAGUCUGGUACCACCACUCAAAUAUUUGCAGUGUGUACGCGAGAGUACCUCGUGCAGUGGUGAACACAUACACGUGGGAUGAUGGUGUUAGGGGUGUGGUCUUAUAAUUUCUUAAAGGGCAUUUACGUAAAGCUGUAAUACUUUAAACGUAUCUGACUUGGAACAUAGUAGGGUGGUACCAAGAAACUGAAAGGCAUUUACACCAGCAAUUAGACGUCUCACAUCUGAACAAAGACGGUAUGGCUGCACAGCGUAACAUUAACUUGAGUAAGCAUUCUAUAUCUUCCAGUCUUUUAGGCUGAAUGAUAACCUCAAACAUAGAAAUGCGGCCACCUUGCAAGGGCAGUUACAUAUUCAGAAAGGACUCUUUCAGAUGUUGUCACUACCGAAUUUCUGCAGUAGUUUUUAUUUUCACUUUAUUUCAAACUUUGAACAUUUAACACACUUGAAUGCUCAACAUAGCUCAUGCUUACAUCAUCACACUGAAAACAUGUUCUUCGUGUCUCUUAGAUAUGUGAACGUUGUGUAGUAGCACAUUAUAACAGAUGAAUACUAAAAUGGGAUUCCUCUCCAUAUUUCUUAAAUCCUCCUAACUCAGGUAUUGUACAUCUUCCCUAUCACUUGUCAUAAAAGCAGAGUGAAGGCAAACAUUUGCUACCAAAUGUAUUGCAGUUUACAUAACUGUUAUAUAUUUUCUUAUAUUUUGUUUACCACAUGCAGUCUGAACAUUGCCCCGUAAAUCCAUAAACCGUAUCUGACUUGGGGAAAAAACAUCAGACAUUUUCCAUCCAGUGGCUUAGCCUAGCUACUCUGCUCACCCAUCCCACCCCCAUUCAGUUAGAAUCUGAAAGGUGUCGCUUUCACAUGAGUUUACAUUUUCUUCAGGUGAGCCCAUGGCUCUCCAAAUCUUAUUUACAAAAAUCAGGGACCAGUUAUAAAGCUCAGGGAUAGAGGGCCCAAACUAGGGACCCUUUCUGAAUAUUGAUACUGUUCACUUAGAAAGUUGAUAAAACAUGAGGAUUUGCAAAAUUACACAUUUUCUGAAGAAUAACUACACAGCUGUAAUACUUAACUUUAAUUGUCACUGUUUUGUGACAAAAUCAUGGAUUUUAUGAUGGCUAGAGUACAAUUUGAACCAAAGUCAGGGGCAUUCCUGAAAAUCAUGGAUGGAUGAGAUGUAGGUAUGUUCCAUUUAGUCCCUUCUAUCUGCUAUCUUAUUCCAAGCAGUAACACCUUGUGCCUGCAUGUACUUUGCCAUUAGUACCUCUGCAGAAAAUUAUUUGUUUCUAUACAGGAGUCUUAAGUCCCUUUGUUCCUCUUACAUUUGGACACAGCUAUCACAGCUCAUAAAAGCAACAGCUGCAGCAACAACAUUUUUCUGUAUUUUUAUUUUGUUGCUAGUAGAGGCAUUUUAAAUGAGUGCAUGUCAAAUUACUGAAAAGUAAUACACUGAAAGGCUUAGUAUUAAAUGAACAAUGUUGAGAUGUCAAAAUGAUGAAAUGUUAAAACGUUGAAAUCAAAACAUUUGCUUCCCUACAUGUGUAGACAGCUGCACUUGCCUCCCUAACCCAAGUUGACAUUUGUUUCUGAAUUUCAGUAACAGGAGAGCAAUAUUGUUUGUUGACUGGCCAUGUACUGGUGCAGUGUACAAUUGUAGUACGUGUAUGCUGUUAAUAGGUAUUGUGAGUUCAACACCAUAAAGUUUCAACAUUUUGACAUUUCAGAACUUUGUAUUCAGUAUUAUGACUUUCAGUAUACCAGUAUUCAAUAAGUCAUCAUGUACCCAUUUUAAAUAUAUAGUAUGAAAAAUUGAACAUUUGUCCACCCAUCCCAAAAUAAGUACUUAAUAAGUGCAGGGUUAGAGUAAAUCGGUCUACUGGCAGAUGCCAAUAUUUAUUUGUUUUAAGGUAUUCCUUUCAUAGUUGGCAUUCUUUGUUAGUACAGGGUAUAAUCUUCUGCAGUCUGGUAGGUGAAUACAACAGAAUGUAAUGUCCUGCUCCAAAACAAUUUCACCCAUUUGCUUUUGAACAGAUGGCAGGGUUUUAACCUUACUUUUCUGGCAAGUUUGGAGAUGCACAAAACUGUUCUGAAACCCUUAAUAAAUUGCAUGCUUCUGGAGAUACCAAAUGCUAAAUCACUGAAAUAAAACAAAGUGGGUGGAUCCAAGUAUAAGAAAGUAGAAACCUUUCGUAGCAGGUAUGAGCUGUGUGGUUUUGUCUUAUAACUAUCAAAAGGCAAUUUCUUCAGUAGAAGGAUAUGAGGAUUGAAAAAAAAAUGUAUGAUUCAACAUAAGGUUUAAGAAGGGGAAAUUGUUGCAGAGAAAUGAAGAUAUAUGAAGAAUGUUCAGGAACUUAUACAAACUCUUCAGCUUCAGAUUUAUUUAAGUGUAUGUAACCGUUCUCUGUACAAAAAAUGAGAUGUACAAAAACAGUCACAAUACUGAGAAUAACAACUCUUAAUGAAGCGUACAGAUGCUGUCUGGAAAAUAUUUGGGAAUAUGUUGUACAUAAGCCAAAAACUGAUGGAACUUGGAAGAAUUCUAUUAAAGUGAGGAAAGACCACAUUUAAGAAAAUGUAAAAAGCAGAGUUGUGUGGAGGGGAUGUCUCUUGAUGAGCAUUUAUACUAAUAUUAUCAAGGUGAUCAUUGGCCUGCUGUUCAAUAUUUAUAACAUACUGUGUUGAAAUAAAUGGAUAGUUGGCACAUGCAUAUAGGAAAUGUAUGUGUACUAGAAAUGCAUUUUAAAAUUCAGAAGGUUUAUAAUAACAAAGUGGAAUAGAUCAUUACACAAAAUACUGAUGUCAUGGGGACAGAUGGUUUGCACUCAGGCCAAUGCACACCCUAAAUCUGUAGCGACAUCCUUACAGUGAACGGAGGAACUAUGGUCUCAACAGGCAGAUAAGUACUGGAGUUAAAACAAAUUUAUAUUUUUUUACAUUAACCUGCAUCUUAUGGUGCACAUAUUCCCAGGUUAGCAGAGAGUUGUUGACUUAUUGUUUUGCAGCUAGCAUUAGAGUCAGAAUGGAAUACUAAUGGAUUAUAUUUCCUUUUAUAUCACAAGAAAAAAUGUUUUUAGUAAUAUCAUCAUGGUUAGUAAAAAAUCACUGGGAAUUGUUUUUGAAUAGUUAUAUUUAACAGAAGAACAUCAUGCAAAAUACUUCUCAGUUCUUGCCAUGAAAACCAGUCAGUAAUGAUGUUUGGAGAUUUGUGUAAUAAAUAGUUGCGUGCUGUGCA